AUGUCGGCUAACCAAGAACCAGGCAGAUCAUCUAUGGAAGAUUCCCCGCAAAGUGGCGAGGAUGAGAUUGUCGAGCCUGAUCAGGGAAAUGUCCUCUCGCAUAUCAUCUCCCAACUACGGCCUGGCGCUGACCUGAGCCGGGUUGUCUUGCCGACAUUCAUCCUUGAGCCUCGAUCCAUGCUGGAGCGAAUCACCAACUUCAUGGCUCACCCGGAAACCCUGCUUCCCAUGUCGACCAUUGACGAUCCGGUCGAACGCUUUGUCUCCGUGGUCAAAUUCUACCUGAGUGGAUGGCACAUCAAACCUCCAGGAGUGAAGAAACCACUCAACCCUAUCCUCGGAGAGACAUUCACCUGCUACUGGGACUAUCCCGAUGGAACCCGCGGCUACUACGUGUCCGAACAGACCUCCCACCACCCACCGAAGUCGAGCUACUUCUUCGCUGCGCCGGAGCACCAUAUUCGUAUUGAUGGAACACUCAAGCCCCGCAGUAAAUUCCUCGGCAACUCCGCGGCCAGUAUGAUGGAGGGCAUCGCCACUUUGCGACUAAUGAACCAUGGAGAUAAAGGAAAGGGCGAGAAAUACAUCGUGACCCAACCCAAUAUGUAUGCGCGCGGCAUCCUCUUUGGAAAAAUGAAGUAUGAGCUUGGCGACCACAGCUACGUGCGCUGCCCGGAGAACCACCUUGUUGCCGAUAUCGAGUUCAAGACCAAGGGAUACUUCUCCGGUACUUAUAACGCCAUCGGAGGAACGAUCAAGAACGAGCAGACAGGAGAGGUUCUCUACGAGCUUUCAGGACUGUGGAAUGGAGAGAUGGAUAUCAAGGAUGUUCACACCCACAAGAAAGACCUCCUAUUCGAUGCGACACACGCAAAGCACACCCCUCCGCUAUCACGCCCACUCGAAGAACAGGGCGAGCGGGAGUCGCAGCGUCUCUGGCACAACACAGUGCAAGCAAUUUUGAGCCGCAACCACGAAGCCGCAACAGAUGAAAAGACGAAGAUAGAAGACCGCCAACGCGACGAGGCCGCCAAGCGUGCCGACGAAGGAAUCGACUGGCGCCCCCGCCUCUUCCGCCCCAUCCAAGGCGGCCCCGGCGGGGCAGACGAAGGCGACGAAGACCUGGAUUGGAUCAUCAACGCCCAAAUUGACAUGCACGAUCCCAAACUGGCCACCAAGCAGAUUCUCUCAAUCGCACCCAUCCUCCAAGGUCAGAAGGAACCGUCCCAGUUUGCGAUCCCGCCGCAUCACGCUUCCCAGCCGGAUCCCCAAGCGACAAGCUAA